UGACUGCCCUUCGCAGAUGCUGCACGCCGUAAGGGUGGGCAGAAAUCCAAUAAGCCACACCGAGAAGAGCUCAUUUCAAAGCAGUCAGCACAAUCAGAAUUUAUUCCAAUUCGGGCUUCCAAGCAGAACAGUAGAGACCCAAGGUCAUCAGUCGUAUCAGAAUAGGACAAUAUACACCAUAUACACCAGCAGCAGCCAUGCAGCAUCCGAGCGAGCAGCCUACCUACAUGCCCGAGGUACCCUUUCAGCCACUGUGGGGCCAGGAGGCACCGCCGCCGCCGCCCAUAGUGCCCUAUCAGGAGCUCAUGGCGGGUUUUCCCUGCUCCGAUUUGUCACUCUGGCAAAGAUCUCAAGUGGCGCCGCUAGUUAACCAACGUCCAAGCACGAAUGGGCGCUCCCAUGGAUCCUCCUCCGCCAGUUCGAAGAAAACGCGUCGUCGUGUUGCCUCCAUGGCGCAGAGGCGCGCGGCAAACAUACGCGAACGCCGUCGCAUGUUCAAUUUGAACGAGGCCUUUGACAAGCUGCGCCGCAAGGUGCCAACAUUCGCCUAUGAGAAGCGGCUAUCACGUAUUGAGACCCUGCGCCUGGCCAUUACCUACAUUGGCUUCAUGGCGGAGCUGUUGAGCGGCACGCCCUCUAACACCCACAAGUCCCGCUCGGACAUGUACGGCGGCAUGAAUGGACACCAUCAUUCAACGGCUGUGGCCCCAGGUCCGCCAAUGCAUCCACAUCAUCUGCAUCCGGCGGCCUAUCAACGCGACUUUGCCUCGCCCUACAAUCACAGUUUGACAUAGAUCUCGUCGAGCUUUUCGGGAUUAUUACAAUAUUGUACCGUGUUUUUUGUUGCCAUAUCAUGUGUUUAGACUUAAGAUUAACCCAUAUAAAUGUGAUAGAUGUGCAAAUUA